AUGAAAAAUAGAACAUCAGUGACCAACUUCAUCCUCCUGGGUCUGACUGAUAAUCCAGAAAUACAGGUUGUAAUUUCCUUCUUUCUAUUUCUCACAUACAUACUGAGUGUUACUGGAAAUCUCACCAUCAUCAUUCUUACCUUGAUGGAUUCCCACCCGAAGACCCCUAUGUAUUUUUUCCUGAGGAAUUUCUCCUUCUUAGAAAUUUCAUUUACUUCUGUCUGUAAUCCUAGAUUUUUGAUCAGCAUCCUAACUGGAGACAAAUCUAUUUCCUACAAUGCUUGUGCAGCUCAGCUGUUUUUCUUUAGCUUUCUGGGCUCAACGGAGUUUUUUCUUCUGGCCUGUAUGUCCUAUGAUCAUUACGUGGCUAUCUGCAAGCCUCUACAUUAUACAAGCAUCAUGAGUAACGAGAUCUGCUACCAGCUUGUAGUCAGCUCUUGGCUGGCUGGUUUCUUGGUAAUCUUCCCACCACUGGCCAUGGGCCUGCAGCUGGAUUUCUGUGACUCCAAUGUCAUUGACCACUUCACCUGUGAUUCUGCUCCUUUACUGCAAAUCUCUCGCACAGACACGAGUACUCUAGAGCUCAUGAGCUUUGUUUUAGCUGUGCUUACUCUUAGGUCCACUUUGAUGUUAGUAAUCCUCUCCUACUCUUACAUCUUUAGAACAAUUCUGAAAAUCCCUUCAGGUCAACAAAGAAAAAAGCCCUUCUCAACUUGCUCCUCCCAUAUGAUAGUUGUCACUAUCUCUUAUGGAAGCUGCAUCUUCAUGUAUGUGAAAACAUCAGCAAAGAAAGGGGUUGCUUUGACAAAAGGUAUAGCUAUGCUCAAUACCUCUGUUGCUCCUAUGCUGAAUCCAUUUAUUUACACUUUGAGGAACCAGCAGGUGAAACAAGCAUUUAAGGAUGUUGUAAGAAAGACACUUUUUUCAAAAACAUUGAUCUGA